AUGGCAAGCGACACCAAAGGCUUGUUAUACGUGUUAGUGAGUCCCGGCGAACUGCUUUCCAUGGAGGAAUUGCAUACCUGGUUCCACGGCCAAUGUACACAUAACCAGCCUGGCCUGACCCUCCUAAAUGCGAAUAUCUACGAAGCGGCAGAUACACAAAAGCCGGAGUGGCUUGCGGUGUACGAGCUCGAAAGUGUGCAUCAAGCCGAGAGGUGGCUUUACCAGUUGCAACCGCUGUCUCGUUUCGAGACAGUCGAAGCCAGAAUAUAUAGAUUGUUCAGCGAAAAAAUAUCGCCCUUCUAUGACGCUACAUCUGCUCCGAAUCGAGUAUUCCGCACCGUGGCAUUGCAGCCGGGGCCGGAGCUUUCGGAGAAGAAUUACAAUGAAUGGUACGAAGACGAACAUAUCCCUCUUCUCUCGGCUGUGCCAGGCUGGCUCAAGUCGACGCGGUGGGAGUUGAGAAAAGUACUCAGCUUCAAUCAAGGCACGAUACAAGAUGGGAAAAGGCUCUCGCAGCACCUUGCUAUCCAUGAGUGGCAAAGUGACCAGUCAUUCUCAACACCAGAGUUCAAGCAUGCUACGAGCACGCCCUGGCGAAACCACAUUAUGCCGAGGCUCGACAAGGAGUUGGGUGAGCGGCGGAACUUCAAGCCACAUGCGCGGAUGUUGUGA